UUUUUGCAGGACAGGAUUGUAAAAUUUUUUGUCCUCAUCCACAUUGCAUUACCACCUCGCAGUCACUUUCCUACUUCCCCAUGGCGCCGAACUUCAAUCAGUUAGUGAUUAGCUAUGUUUAUUUUUCUCAUUAAUUUGAUUAAGUGUUUGUUCUCCAGGUUAGUAAUCUAUUUACCGUCGUAUCUUCAAAUCAGUGACAGCGCAGAGAUGGAACUUGACCAACCCAACAACUCGCAAUCAGAAAUCGCAAAGCAUGGUUGUACUCACUACCAAAGGAAAUCUAAGUUUGUGACUCCAUGUUGUGACAAAGUAUAUCCAUGCAGAGUCUGUCAUGAUGACAAUGAGUCCCAUACGCUGAAUCGGAAAGAAGUUUCCGAGCUCAUAUGUUGUGAAUGUGAAACACGUCAAAAGGUUCAAGCAACUUGUGAAAAUUGCUCAAUUGAUUUUGGAAAAUACACCUGUCUAGAAUGUCGAUUGUUUGAUGAUGUGGAUAAGAAGCAGUAUCAUUGUGAAGGUUGUGGGAUUUGCCGCGUCGGAGGUAGAGACAAUUUUUUCCACUGUUUCAAAUGCAAUUUAUGUCUACCAAAUAGUAUCAAAGACUCUCAUAAGUGUAUUGAGAAUGUCUCUCGUGGAGAUUGCCCUGUCUGCAUGGAAGAUCUUCAUACAUCUCGGCAAGGUCUUCUUGUUCCCUCUUGUGGUCACAUUAUCCACAAGAAAUGUCAGAAGGACAUGUUUGAAGCAGGAUUCUACAACUGUCCACUAUGUCUAAUUACUAUACCAGACAUGUCACAGUACUGGGCGGAACUUGAUGCGAGAAUUGCAGAGGCUCCUAUGCCUAAAAAGUACAAGGAUAAGAAAGUGGACAUUCUGUGCAGAGACUGUCAUAAGAACUCCACUGCUCCAUUCCAUGUCUAUGGACUAAAAUGUUCUCAUUGUGGAUCUUACAACACAUGCUGAAGAUCAUGAACUCAUGAUGUUAAGGAUGCAAGCUGUUUUUUCUGUCUGUCCUCAUCUGGAAGUGCAUAUGGACCGAAAACUACAAAAACAUAUAUCUCGAUUGUGGUUUCUCUUAAUUUGUAAAAAUUAAGAUAAAAACAGCAUCAUUCCUAGAAGUUUUCAUAGAAUUUUUUCUGCGCAGAGAAGAAAUAUCUCAAAACCUCUUGGGAAUUUACAUUAAAUAGUUUUUCAUUUAAAGAAUAAAGUCUGACAGAAACUCUGCAAUAUUGCAAACCGAGAUACAUGGUUUUAGAGUUUCACUAUGGAAAUACUUGCUCGAAUACUUAGUUUGAAUACACCCAAAGAAAUGUCCUUAUGUAAUCUGCUUUCAAUAACUUUUCAAUUCCCUCCCAUCAAUGAAGGCAGUAAAGUUAGUCAAAUAUUAAACUGGAAAGUUCAAGGGAAUCCUCUCCAUUCUGUGAUUAAAGUGUGAUACCUUGUUUAGUCAGUUUUCCUGUCUUAAAAGAUGCUAGUAAAUUCCCCAUCAAUCUCGUUAAUCAAUGCCUAAUAUUUUAUUGUUCUUUUUCUAUCAUUUUUCAAUCGUUGUUUUCAAUUUUUCUGGUUCUAUCAUUUUUAUCAGAUUGUUUGAUUUCCUGCGGUGUCGCUUGAAGAGUUUUGAAUUCCGCCAGCUGACUACUCAGCAAUAAUAUAACGAGCUGCAGGGAAAUAAAUCAAACAGCUGUCCAAAUAGGAUAGGCAGUGUGUCUCAAUAGUUAAUGAUACAGCCAGAGGUCAGUUCUCUCUAUUAAACAGCUUAUGGACAGAGUUCAACAGAAAUUUACCAAGUCGCAUCAAGUUUGAACCGAAAAGAAAAUAUUUGAAGUUUAAUUCAGCCGCAAGACUCAUCCUUAAGAACGAAAUAGAACAGCUUUUUUCAAGUUCAAAAUAUAUUUUUCUCAACCUUGAAAUUUUAAGUGAAGAUUUACGACACAUUGAAUUUAAAACAGCCACAACCAACUUUUUCUUUCAAGUGCAACACUGUGCAUUUCUGUUCAACGCAGUCCAUAUAAUCAUUGGAUAUUUAAAUGCUGGCAUUAGAGGUUUGAUAUUUUUGUUCUUUAAUGAGCUAAAGUUAACCUGCAAAUAUGAAGUCAUUUAAUUCUUAUUGAAAGCUCUAACUAAUAUCUCUAAUGUUGAAAAUGGUUUAACGGUGCUAUUGUCUUGCAUCUAUUUGCUCUGCAAAGUUCUGUGAAAAAAUAUCUCCGCUCCAACACUACAGAGCAGCCGAGCAUUUGAAUGUUGCCAAAUUUCUUCCAAUAAAAAGAAUUUUUUAGUGAAGUUGUGAAUAUAUUUGUACUUUUAAUUCUCAGACACUUUAGAUUAGAUUGCGAAUAAAGUUUCUGAAAAAUAUUUGCACGUUUUACUGCAAAUUCAUGUUUUAUCAAAGAUUUGGUAACGACUGAAGGCUUACAAGGCAUUUCUCCCUAGCACAGCUGAAGACAGCAGUACAAUUUCUUUCGUUAUUAAUGUAGACAAAAUUCAUCACUCUUUACAAUCAACUUUUAUCAAUUUGUCUUGCAAUUUUUACGAUACCUCCAAUCAUCGCUUUUUUUCUUAUUACUUUAUUUGUACUGUCUCCUCUGUAGAAAAUGUUCAAAUUUCUAUAGUUUGAGUUUUGUCAUCCUUCAUCACAUCAUAUUCCAUGUGUUAUGUGCAUUUCCUAUUCAAAUGAAAAAUAAUCUUCACAAUAACAUUUCUCCUAUUGAUUAUUUCUCCAUAAAAAAAAAAAAAUGAUCUAUCGUGUAUUGAAAUCUUUACGACUCGUUUAAUCAUUGUAUUUUUCCUGGCUAUUAUUUCUGCAUUAAAAAAAAAAAAAAAAAAAAAAAAAAAAAAAAAAAAAAAAAAAAUAUUAAUCAGGUAAUGUAAUCUUUACGAUUCAUUCAAUCAUUGUUUUACUUUAUUUUUAUUGUCUUCGUAGAAGAACUUCAGGUUUGUGUUAUAUCCUUAACACAAACAUUUUGUGUUCAUUACACCUUAUUCAUCGUGCUAUUUUUUUCAUUUUCCAUUCAAUAAAUAAUAUUCUACAUAAAUAA